AGCCACCAUUUUAUUUUAUAAAUUGUGUCUGUCUCUCUUAUUAUUCACUGUUUGGUCAUUUUCGCAAUAAUAGUUAUUAGUUUUGUUCGGAAGAUUUAAUAAUUAAAAUGUUUUAGUGAAAAGAUAAUGGUGUUCUAGCAUUUGUUAUACGUUAAUAAUAUCUUUCGAGUUGUGUAACAGUACUUUACGUGAUGGGUUCACAAAAGAACGAAAGUGUUAAUCCAACCAUUGCAGCGGAUGCCAAAACGACACCUGUAUACGGUAAAGUUAUAUUAUCGUUAGAAAAUUGUCUUCUGUCGCCCGAGAAAUUGGAAAAAUCGCCCUCAGUGAACGACGGUCUAGAUCCAGAAACAGAAUUCGAUUUGAGAGUGAUAGGAUGCGAGUUGAUUCAGACUGCUGGAAUAUUAUUGAAAUUACCUCAGGUUGCGAUGGCUACCGGUCAAGUUCUAUUCCAAAGAUUUUACUAUUGUCGAAGUUUCGUUCGUCAUCCCAUGGAUGUCACUGCUAUGGGAUGCGUAUAUCUAGCGUCUAAAAUCGAAGAAGCGCCUAGAAGAGUUCGCGAUGUGAUAAAUGUGUUUCACCACAUACGACAAGUUCGAUGUCAAAAACCAAUCGCACCUUUAAUUUUGGACGAGGCCUACAUUAAGCUUAAAGAAGAUGUGAUUCGAGCGGAAAGACGAAUUCUUAAGGAACUCGGCUUCUGCGUACAUGUCAAACAUCCUCAUAAGCUGAUUGUGAUGUAUCUUCAAAUCUUGAACUUCGCCGAAAACAAGCUGUUGAUGCAGAAAGCCUGGAACUACAUGAACGAUUCGUUGCGUACCGAAGUCUUUCUACGAUAUUCGCCGGAAACGGUGGCCUGCGCGUGCAUUUACUUGAGUGCUAGAGUAUUAAGGAUCCCGUUACCUAAAAGUCCGUCUUGGUUUGUGAUAUUCGGCGUCAAAGAAGAAGAUAUUAUCGACGUAUGCAGGCGUAUAGUGAAUUUAUAUAGUAGGGAAAAAAUUGAUCCAGAUGUCCUUGAAGGCAGAGUGAAAUUACUAAGGGAUAAGUACAAAGAAGAGAAAGAGAAGAAGGAUAAAAUUCGUAACAAUAACGCCGUCGUCUCCGGUAGCAAUACGCCGAAUAGUACUUCUUCGAUAACAGUUCCGUUAAAAACAUCACCGUCGCCUCCUGCUCCUACCAAGAUUAUUACCACUACUACAACCACCACUACCACAACGAAUCACUUGGGAAAACGACGAAGCAGAUCGAGAUCGAGAGGCAGAAGCCCAUCGCCAAAGAAAAAAUCCAAAAAAUAUAGCAGAAAAUACGAUAGUCCGAACGACCGGAAACGUGAUAUUAGUCCAAUAAGCAAGAAGUACUCGUCGAGUAGUCCGUCGACAAAGAAGCAUCGUGAUAUUAGUCCUGUAAGUAAAAAGUACUUGAACAGCAGCAGUCCGGUGAGUAGAAAAUACACCAGUACCAACAACAGCUCGCCGCCUCUGACCAGCAAGAAAUACGCUUCUAGUCCGGUACACAGCAGCGGCGAUCGAGACCGCGAACGUAGUCGAGACCGACGAAAAUACGCCAGCAGCGACAGUCCUCCGGUGCGCAGCAGUAAGAAAUACACGACCGGCGAUAGUCCGUCGGUGAAGAGGAGUAAAAAAUACACCAGCACCGAUAGUCCUCCGGUGAGGAGAAGCAAGAAAUACGCCAAUAGUCGAGAUACCAGUCCUAUAUCGAGCAAGAAGUAUGAUCUAAGUCCUAUCUAUACCAAGAAAUACUACAGUAACGGUAGUCCGGUCUCGAAGCUGUCUUCGUAUUACAACAAAAAGGACUAUAGGGUUAAAAAUCACACGUAUAAGAAGAAACGUAAGGAUUAACGACGAUUGACCUUUUUUUUCGGUUUUUUUGGUGUUUUUUUUUUGUCGCGAUUCGUACUUAAAAACAUUAUUAACGAAAAAUCAAAGUAUCUAAAUUUAUAUUUGAGUAAAAUUAUGUGAAAUUUUGAAAGAUCGGUUCGAUUUGAUUGAUUGAAUUUCGUUUCUGUAUUUCAAUUUCAUGAUAAUAUUAUGUUUUGUAUUAAAGUAGAAUUAUUCGCGUAUCCUGAAGGUCAACGUUUUUAAUUCAUCUAUAAAAUACCAUUGUUUUUUUUCUCUCUUUUGCAAAACUUAUCGGAUAUUUGUAUGUAUUUGAACGUACGUGCAUGUACGAUGAUGACAUCGGAUAAUAUUUUGUAAAUAUAUUUUUUUUCUAAAUGGAA